CUCACAYAACACACAAAAAUAUGUCAAAAACAUUGAUUAUAGUGAUUCUGGAUGAAAGUGGAAGUAUGGGAAACAAAAAGAGUGAUGUAUUGGGUGGGUUCAAUAGUUUUGUGUCCGAUCAAAAACAAAUCAAAAAUGAUCAUGCUAGAUUGUACAUGGUCAAAUUUAAUACUACAGUUUCCAUUGUACAUAAAGGCAUAGACUUAGCCGACGUACCCGAGUUGACAGCAAAUAACUAUUUGCCGGGAGGUAUGACCGCACUGUACGACGCUAUAGCAGAGGGCGUACGACUUGCCGAUAAAGACAAGAAAGAGGACGAACGGGUCAUAUGUGUUAUUAUGACCGACGGAGAAGAAAACUCGUCCCGCGAGACAACCAAACAACAGGUAAAGGAUAUCAUAACCGGGUAUCAGAAUAGAGGCGAUUGGACUUUCAUUUAUAUCGGUGAAAACCCGGACCGAUGGAGCCGUGACGCUGGUAUGUCCGGUGGUAAUGCCACUAACUAUGAUCACGUGGACACCCGACGUAACUAUAUGAUGGCCAACAGUGCGGUCUCACAGUUCCGCAGAUCAUUGUCUAAACAGAGCAGCAAUUUGUUAUCAAAUUAA